AUGGUAAUGACAACAUCAAAUCUCAAUUCUACUAAAACUAUUACUCGUCGUAGUACAGUUUCUGACCCAAAAAUAGUCAAUGAACAAGUCCUAUCACAAGAGCUUGGCCAAUUUUCACCUUUUAAAAUCAAUUCAACAAAAACACAAAUAACAAGAUUUCCUAUAGAAAUCAUUCUUUCGAAAACAAUUGGUAGUGAAUGGCAAUCUAUACCCGACUAUCUUUGUUCAAAAAAUCCAUCUUUUGAAAAGAAACUUCGAACCAUUUUACCAUCAACGAUGAAUUUAGAUGAAAUAAGAGAUAUUGCUAUUCGUAUGCAUAAAAUUAUGUCGAUUGACAUAGUACAAUCUCUCUGGAUAGUCUACCGAAAAUAUGGUAUGGAAGAAAUACAAUCCAAGCGACCAAUCAAUGUAUCCGAUACGAAAUUUUGGUCAAAAGAAGUUUCAUCACUCAUGAAACAGUUAAAAAAUGAUAAUAUUAUUCAUGAAAGUAGUUGUUUAAUUUUUGCCAAUCAAUGUUUACAAGAAUUGUACAAUAAAAAGGAACAUUAUCGACGCGAAUUAAAUGUCAAGACCACUCGUUUAUCUGGUUAUGACUGUAGCAUCGAAUAUACCAUUGAAAAAUUUGUACAACAAGGACUUCAAUCUUUACAUAUUGAAAUCAAUGAACAUAUUGGCACGGUUCAAUAUCAUUAUACCAAUAUAAUAUUUCAACACACUUAUUUUGCUCAAAAUCCUAAUACAAAUCAAAUACAAUCUUCGCUCUUAAUCAUAUAA